AUAGACUAGAGUAUACGCAAACGCAAUUGUUAAUUUGCGUUCGCGAUUUACUUUAUACAUAGAUAUCUUAUUAUUGUAUCAGAGUGUUGAUCGCAGGUUAAUCAGUAUAUGCGAUAUUGCGAAUGCGUGAAUUUGGUUUUGCCUCUAUUUUUGAAAUUAAUUGUGUUUUUAUAAAAUAAUUUGAAAAAUAAUGUCGUAGGCCCUCGAAGUGCGCCACUGACUUUGGUCAGCAACGUUUUGAAAUGUAUGGUGGGAGUGGUUACGUUUUGUAUUUCAUGCCACUCCACACGUUAUUCCGAGAAGAUCCUUUCCCAACAUGAGUGGAAACUCUAGUUCGACCCCAGUGCCAGUGCCCGGAGCUCACAGACACCUCACACAGGAGCCUCUCUCCCACAGCCAGCCCAGCGAGGCUCCGUUGCGAGCGGUGCUGUCCCCCAGCCGCUCCUCAGAGGAAAAGAAGCCUCGUCGCACCAGCCUGCAAGUACAGCUUGCUAAAGAACAUUCCAAUGACUCAAUCAGCUUCAGUCCCACCUCUCCAGGUAUUGCCAGUUGGAUCGAUAAUUCCAGUCCAAAACUGCCAGACCAGCCGUCCCCAGACAAGCUUCAGCCAGCAGAGUUUGGCACAACAGAUAAGUUGACGAGGAAAGAAUCGUACAAGGCGCAGCGAAAGCACUACUGCCGUGAGAAGAAGCGUGUUGCUAAUGAGCUGAUGACAUCGUUGAAGGAUCCGUCUGGGAUUGUGCUAGCUGAUUGGCUGAAAGUUCGGGGAACGUUAAAGAGCUGGACCAAGUUAUGGUGUAUUCUCAAGCCGGGCCUGUUGCUGCUAUACAAGAGUCCCAAGGCCAAGAGUAACCAUUGGGUUGGAACUGUGCUGUUGAGCACAUGUCAAGUUAUUGAGCGGCCUUCAAAGAAGGACGGAUUCUGCUUUAAAUUGUUUCAUCCUUUGGAACAGUCGAUCUGGGCUCCGCGAGGACCUGAGAAAGAAUCAAUAGGUGCAGUGGUGCAGCCGCUGCCCACGGCCUACCUGAUCUUCCGAGCGCCGUCACAGGCGGCGGGCAAGUGCUGGCUGGACUGCCUGGAGCUGUCCCUGCGAUGCUCUUCGCUGCUGGUGCGCUCCACCAGUAGGACCAACCACGACGCCGCCGCCGGCCACGACGCCACCACCAGCCACGAAACACAGUGGAGCGAGGCAGACUACGAGAAGCACUUCACCGACCAUGAUCUGGACGACAUCAGUCAGCCGGACGCGGGGGCGGCAGACCACCCGAACAGCGGGGACCAGGCGUCCCUGUCGGACACCGAGUCGGAGGCCUCCAACAAGCGCGACGAGCCACAGUUCGCGGAGGAGGACCCGCCCGAGACGCCGUACAUACACAAGGAGGAGGAGGAGGAGUUUGGGAGCGCAGGUGAGCAGGUGGAGGAGCUAGCUGAAGAACACAAGUCCCUGAUCUGGUACCUCGUGAAGCAAGUGAGGCCGGGAAUGGAUCUGUCUAAAGUCGUUCUGCCCACCUUCAUUUUGGAGCCUCGUUCUUUCCUCGACAAGCUGUCCGAUUCCUACUAUCACGCUGACAUUCUUGCCAAAGCCGUCCUUGAAGAUGAUGCAUUCACGCGCAUGAAAGGCAUUGUUCAAUGGUACUUGUCCGGAUUGUACAAAAAGCCCAAAGGCCUUAAAAAGCCUUAUAAUCCUAUAUUGGGAGAGACAUUCCGUUGUUAUUGGAAACACAACAAUGGCUCGCGAACAUUCUACCUUUCAGAACAAAUUUCUCACCACCCCCCUGUGUCUGCAUUUUAUGUCACAAAUCGCCAAGAAGGAUUUUGUAUCAGUGCUUCGAUAUUGGCCAAAUCUAAGUUUUAUGGCAACUCUACAUCUGCCAUACUUGAUGGAGUGGCACUGCUAACGCUACUACCCAGAGGAGAAGACUACAGCAUAACGAUCCCAUACGCCCAUUGCAAGGGCAUUCUCAUGGGAACCCUGACCAUGGAGCUGGGUGGCAAGGUGACCAUAGACUGUGAGAAGACAGGUUACAAGACUGAAAUAGAUUUCAAGCUGAAGCCGUUCCUGGGUGGAGCGGAGCAGACAAAUGCUAUUUCUGGUAGACUGAAGCUGGGGAAGGAAACGCUGGCCACAAUAGAUGGAUACUGGGAUGGAAAUGUGUUCAUCAAGGAUAGGCGAACUGGGGAAGAGCAGCUGUUGUGGAAGCCAACUCCUGAAAUUCGUAGCCAGAGGUUGAAAAGGUUCACUGUGCCGCUCCAGCACCAAGAAGAGUGGGAGUCGGAAAACCUGUGGCAGCACGUGUCGGCUGCGAUCCUCAGAGAUGACCAGGUGGCAGCUACAGAAGAAAAGACAGUGCUAGAAGAAGCACAGAGGGAAGCUGUUAAAGUCAGAAAACUGAAAGGAAGCGAGUGGCUUCCGAAAUACUUUGAACAGGACAUGAUCUCGGGCCAGUGGGUGUACAAGCAUGCGGACCUGCGGCCGUGGGACCCGCGGAACGACAUGUUCCAGUACGAGUACAAGUACGUGAUCAGGACCAAGACCAGGCACCAGACGCCCAUGAUUCGCACGGCGAGCAUCAUCAGCGUGGAGCCACAGUCCUUGGAGCCUCGCUCGUCCAUCUCGGUGCUCAAGUCCUCCAAGCUGCAGAUCAUGGGCAAGGGCAGGAAGGCCCGCAACAGCGGCAGCUCAUCCCAGGAAGGGGAGUUCCACAGCGACUCGAGCCAGUCGGAGGCACUGGAGAUGACGCAGCAAGUCAUCAAGUGUCAGCACGACCAACAUGUGUUGUGUGCCGGCAGACUGGCCCAGCUGGUCAGCAGCGUGGAGAGGAGCCUGGAGCAGACGGGCAAGCAACUGGACAGGCUCCAGCAAGGCAUGGAGUUCCUGGCCAAGGCCCAGCGGGAACGGGCUCCCGACACGCACGCCUCGCAGUCCGGCAUCACCUGCUACGAGCUGCUGGCCACCGUCCUGCUAGUCGCGGCCGUGCAGCUGCUGGUCACCUGGUUCCUCGACCGCAAGUAACCUCUCUGCUUCCUCCCUGUCCUAUUCCUUACUUCACAUUCUUUCAUAUUUAUAGAGGCAGUUUGUACCAGAGUUUCUUAGAAAUUGUGUUGGUUCAUGUCUUUCAAAACAAGGUCGCUUUAAUUUCAGUUUUGUAAUAGAAACAAUGUACUAUAUGCUUUAACAUCACAAUUUCAGGUUAGUGUUUGAUGCUUACAGGGUACGUAGUAAGUUGGAGAAAUGUGGUUGUAAUCAUGAUGAUGAAAUCUCACGUGAGAGUUAUAUUUUUAGUCUGAUUGGUGAUGUGUACAUUAAUGGAAAGUACAAACUUGUUUGAAACGUUAAAAUUAUUGACAAUCACGAAAAUGACUAGAGCUGACAUAUAAAUUAUUAGAGUGCUAUUUUAACUUUUUCAAUUUCAUGUACAUUAUUAUCAGUUAGUGUAUCGCAUGAAUGUUCUUCAACUAUGUGCAAGUAUCCAAUUUUCUGUCAUAAUUAGAGACUGUGUCAAAGCCCAGAACAUUAUUUACAUAUGGUAGCUAAAUAAAGGCAUGUUUGCAGUAAAUAAUCAAAUCUCAUUUUGUGUAAGCAACACAACUUUGCCACCUUCAUCAAGUUCAUGUUCAAUAAAUUUAAAUAUUAAAAAUAUAUACUCAUUUUAAGAACCUUAAAAUAUGUAAUAAACUGAACCAUAAAUGUUAGUUUCGUUUGAAAAUUGUUAGGAAUAUUCAAGCAAGAGUCAGUAAUUGGUUUUAGUUUCAUUUGAGGGGAAAGAUAUAUUUUUUCCAUAAAUUUUUAUAUAAAUUUCAGAGGCAAAGAAACCAAAGAAAAUUAUUGUUCUUAUUUUUUAUGUAAAUCAUAAAACUUAUUGUAUAUAAAUUAUUUUUUGUUUAUAAUUUUAUUACUAUUUUUUUUAUUUCUGUAAAUUCUGUUCUCUCAAAUAUGUGAUAGCAUGAUACAUGUUCUAUUCAUCUGUGUUUGAACAUUGUUAGAUUGUUUAUGUAUUGGUUUUCUCAUAUCUCCACAUUGGAAAUGAAGGGUUCAUUAAUUUUUAAGGUUUUUAGAGUCACUAUCUCUCUUAUAUAACUAUAACUUAUAGCCUUGGUCCAGUUUUUUUUUUUUUUUUUUUUUAUAACCUUUUGUGUAUUUGCAUUCAUUUUGCCAAAAGUAGCAUUACAGUGGGAAUUCCUUUUCAGUGUGAAUUUUAAAAGCAGUGAGUAGCUCUUGUUAAAUAUUAGUUUAAAAAUUCAAAAAUUAAAUUUUUGGAUUCUAAUGAUUAUAAGUACAUAUUUUUACUGAACAGCAUUUGUGAUUUUAAGAAUAGUUUUUUUUACCUGUGAAAUAUUUCAUAUUUCUUUUGCAUUUGUUCAACCACGUAGAAGUUCAUAAAUCAUAUAAGGAAUAAUAAUUUGUCUUCUUGGGAGGGGAAAAAAUAUAGGUGAAUGGGAAUGGCAUUUUUACUCCGUGACAGGAUUCAGUAGGGAAAGAUGUUGAAUUUUCGGGAUCAAGAUCAGGAUCGGGAGCAUCAGCAUUACAAUUAUGUCACUUAACUUGGUAUACAGAAAAAAUAUUUAAUAUUACUAGGUCUCUCAAAAAUGUCACAUCCAUUCCUUAAACAAUUAGUUGUACAAUUGAUUUCAAGUUCAAAUAAAAUUAUUGAUACAUAAGGACAUAUCAUAAGUAACACAUAAUAUAAAUAAAAACAAACAUCUUAUCCUCAACUCAUUUCCUGUAAUUUCCUUUUGAUCAUAAAUUUAAUGAUGACCAACUGCAAAAAUUUAAAACCCCCUGAUUUUUCUGAAAGAAACAGAAAUUAAUGGCUUCAAUAUUUGAAACCAAGAUGGCAUUUGUAGUAUCUAUAUUGAAAACUUAGUUUUGUGUAAGUUCGAAUGUGAUGCGCCUGGCAACAUUUUUCUUUGCUGCUAUCAAGUAAUUCUUUUUCUAACAUAAAUAACGCUAUGGUAAAGGUGUUUACGUUUGUCAUAAGUAAAAAAUAUAUUAUUAAAAAUAUGUUUGAUCACAUUGAGUACUUUAUUGUCAGAGUUUUUAUUUUUAACAGCAUUUAUGAAUGAGGGUUGAAUUACAUUUCACAGAUAGAUUUUUUUUUUAAUAUCUUUAUUUUAUGCUUUGGUCAAUACAUGUGCAAAGUUGUGGUUUGCUACGUGAUGUAGAUUGUGGCGAAAAUGUAAGCAUAUAAUGUUUUAAUAAUAUAAAAAUUAGUUUGCGGGAAAAAAUUACAAUUAAAAAAAAUUGUUUUCCCAAAGUUUUGAUUUUCCCCAAGUUCGAAAAUGGUCUCUUUCCUGACUUUUAUCCGAAUCUCGGGAUGUGGUGUACCGCUUUAAAAAAAAAAAAUAUAUAUAUAUAUAUAUAUAUUUGCAGUUAAUACCGACAUGUGAUAAUAAUGUCAGAUAAUAUUGUAAUAUAUAAAUAAUUGUUGCUAUUAGUUUUUGUGUGCUGUGUAUUCUAUUUAAUGUUUCCAUUUCUGUAUAUUUUUUGUGUUAAAAUAAGAUAUAUUUAUUCCUAUUUUGUUUAAUUGAUGGUUUGGUUGGCAAUUUGAUUAAUGUAGGAAAAAUUUUUUAAGUUAUUAUAAGGUGGUACGAAUUUCCAUUUAUGAAUUUUGUCAGUUUGUAGUCACCGGCAUUGUGUAUCAUGUAGAAGUGGCAAUAGUGAUUAGUAAUUAGUAAUUAUCUGUCAUUGUGUAAUAUGUAACUGUGCAUUAAAUAGUGCACUGUUAUUUCAAUAUUUUACUGCAUUCAUUGUGCAUCCAAUAUUUUUGACGUGACAACGUCUAAUAAAUCGAUGAACGCCGGCUGCACAUACGAAAAAAAAUUGGUUGUCUGUAAAGUCGGUUUACGGACGAUAGUUCAACGUGACGUCAUAACAAAACAUUGAUGAAAUGACUGAUCCAGAAGAAAAGGAAAUAUAUUCGGCCUGAGACUGAGCCGUAAUAGGUUUUUGCAACCAAACCAUUUAGGCAUUAAAAAUAUUAUAUUCUUUGAGGAAGAAUUUUUUAUAUUUUUUCUAUCUUUUGUAUGAUAAAAUCUACCUCUGCAUACUUUUAUGAAUAAAAUUGAAUCAUUUUUUAUUUAAUUAUCACUAUUUUGUAUGGAUACAAAGGAGUGGAAUGAAAUGUACAAUUUAAUUAAUAAAUUUACUUUUAUUUGCAUUCAUUAUUCAAAUAUAUUUAUUACUUUUGAAAUGUUACGUGCGCCGUAUUUAUUUUUACAAGUUCAAAAAAAAAUUCCGCACCUGCCGGGAUUCGAACUGACAACCUUACGAUUAGAAAAUAGCACCGCUGACCGCUCAGCCACGAGGCUAUAUUUAGAUAAUUGAUAGUUUCAGAUGUUAUAUAUACCUUUAUAAAAAUUUUGUUCACGGUAGGGGAAUAAUAUUAUUUCGUUUUAAUAACUCGAUUUUACAACAAAUACGCAUCCCAAAUAAACCAAUCUUAUUUAUAAGGUGUUACAAUAUUUUUUAAAACAUUGUGCAAAAGAUCCCAGUUGUAAUUUGAAUUAUUAUGUGUAACUGUAAAACACCAUUGUUGGUUCAAAACGUAUUUGAAUAUUCAACAUUACUUUUAAAUAACCGUACCGAUUGUGCUGAAAAUCGGUGGACGAUCGUUAAAUUACAUAAUAUUAAUAAUUCAAACGACGAAAAUAUGAUUGAAAAGUCAAAACGAUGGUCGUUCCAAUCGAGUUGAAGAGAGAUGCCACGCAUGCGUACAAUGAGCAAACAGGAACAUCCGUAGUGGGACAUCCGUAGUGGGACACUUUUUCUUGCGUGCAGCUGGCGUUCAUCGAUUUAUUUGACGUUGUCACGUCAAAAGUGUCCCGUUAUGCACAUUGUCCCAUUUCGCUGUGUCCCGUUACACUCAUUUUAUAUUGCUCUUUGCUAACCUGAACCUCCUAGCAUUGCGACCGAGUCCGUGGCGUGAUUCUGUUUUCAUGCAUUUCAAUGUUACAUUUUUAUUGCUCUCUGCUAACCCGUUCCUCCUAGCAUUGCUGCAGAGUCCGUGCAGUUUGGUGUUGGGUAAGCCAUUUUCUUUCACAUCAUCCUUGAAACACUCCCAUUCGUUUACUACUUUUCCUAUCAUCGUCCUAUCCUUAACAGAAUAACACAUUGGAAGAAGUUAAAUAGCAAACAUGUAUAAAAAUUAUAGUUAAAAUAAUCUCUUCGUUAAAGUAAUAAACAUAUUUGAAUAAAUGAGUGCAAAUAAAAGUAAAUUUAUCAAUUAAAUUGUAGAUUUCAUUUCGCUCCUUCUUUGUAUCCAUACAAAAUAGUGAUAAUUCAAUAAAAAUAAUUAAAUUUUAUUCAUAAAAGUAUGCAGUUUGUUCAUCAAUGUUUUGUUAUGACGUUGUCACGUUAAACUAUCGUCCGUAAACCGACUUUACAGACAACCAAUUUUUUUUCUAUGAAUUUUAAUCUGUGAACGAGUAAUGCUUGGAAAUUUUUAGCGACUUUGAAACAGUUGAGUUUUGUUUGUAGUUAUGUAAAUUUUCUGACGCUUAUGUUUUUGUAUUGUGGUUUCGGAUACGAAGUGAAAGUAACUAAUGAGAAAGGUUGGUAAGGUGAGGUCAGUUACAUUUAAUAUUCAGUAUAUGUAAUCGUUAAAAUGUAUUAAUUUUCUCUAAAUGUAUUUUAUUUCCACUGAAUUCUGCAAUUAGUCAGUUACUAUCAUGUGGUUUAGUAAAUUAAAAACUUUAAAAUAUUGAUGGAAGACAUAUAAUUCUUAUAAUGAAUUUAAUAAUUUUCACAUUCAUACUUUCUCGUUAGAGUGGUUUUUACCUAACGAUCUCUCUAGAUUUCGUGCUCCCCAAUAAUUUUUUUUUUAAAAAGAAUCCUUUAGAUGUUUUGCUACAUUAUUAGUACUGAAAUGUACAUUUUUUACUCUCCCCCCCAGGAGCCAAUACUUUCAGCAGUCAGUGGUCGUCAAGUAGUAGGAGUUAGUAGGGCAGAUUGUCUGCUUGUUGGGUUUACUGGUCUCUUUUUGCUGUGUAUAUUACUGACUGAGAAAUGCAAGUACCUAACUUAUUAUUUAGGACUUUUACAGAGUAAGAUAUACAGUUUCAAGCAUUUCAUUGUUAGAAGAAAUUAUUUAAUACACAAAUACGUUAAUUAAACUAUAGUAUCUAAAUAUAAAAUAUAGUAUAUGCAAAGUUACUAAAUAAAACUACUUUAGUGAUGCAAGAAUGCAACUUGAUAGAUUACCGAUUGUGAAACUCAUAACUGGUGAUAACCGUUUCAGUUACUGGUUCUUUACAACAUAUUUUCAGCUAGUGGGUUAUUAACACGUUUCGCAACUAGUAAUGCAAUUUAUUAUCCUGUAAAUUUAUUUAAGUAUCAAUUUACAUGACAGGUUAAACAACUAAUUUUUUUACACUAUAUAUUAUUCAGGACUUAAAAUUGGAAUGAAUUUGUUUAUAAAGACAACAUUUCUCAAGUUUUAAAGCAAUAUUUUUCUUUUGGGUUGUGCGAUAUUACCUAAUAAAAUGAGAUGUUGUCAUUAGUGUGAUAAUAGUUGUUGCUAUAGCCCGGCAACUUAGUAAUUGACCUUGUACGUUUCUGUUCCGCGCAGCUCCUCCCUCCCUAACUUCCACCCCUCCUUCCCCUCCGAAUCGUCUGCAGGUAGGGGAGGGCCACUCCUCCCUCAAGGACAACUUACACGAACGCACUUCACUCGCUUCGAGAUGAUGUAGAAAGGUAUUCGCACUAACUAAAAAUUUGUUGCGUUUGACGCAGCAUUAUUGGGGUUAUUUGGUUGACGCAAUAAUGAAAUCUACAUUCAAUAUCUGUAAUCGAGGGGGAAAAGACUCCUGAAACGUAUUUUGUAAACCCUCAAAAUUACGAAAACUACAUAUUCAUUCCCACUAAUAUAUCUAGAUGAACAUAUUGAUCAGAUGCACGGGCACAUCUAUAGAAGCAUGCACUUCACUUUUCUAAAUAUAUCCCAUUAAUGAAAUGUCACUGUCACCGAUGAAAGUCUCAUAGCUAGAGACCUGAAAAAGUAGAUGUUAUUUUCCCUAUAAAAUAGGUGUUAUUUUUCUUUGAAAUAGAGGUUAUUUUACCGUAAAAUAGAUAUUAUUUUCCUUAAAAUACCAUUAAUUUUUUGUUUGAAAAUGAUUUUCAAUGGAACUUAAUUUAUUUAGCUCGCCUAUUUACAAUUUAAACUGUAUGAUUUCUAAUUUCAUUAGGCCUAAAUUAAAAUGGUCAACAAAAAUCAGUUCAGUUGUGUGACAUGUAGGCCUACUAAUGCCUAUAAAGUAGGAGUUGUAUAUGAUAUAAAAUAAUUAAUCAGUCAUCAUUCAAUAUUCUUCUCUUUCAAGUUAUGGCGUCUGUCGGUAAUCACGUGAUUGUAGUGACUCAGCAAACUUUUACUGUCCACAUUAUUUGUUGGGAGGAAGAUGGCUUGAAGUGCAGCUGCAGAAAAUGAAAUUUGUUCUGUGCCAAUAGCCACCAGCAUUUUAUGAACAUCACAUUCUUGCCCUGCUUUAACUGCUUCUUGCACAGCUUCCUACAGAGAUUCGUAGCCUUUGUAAAGCACUGAAUCGUCAACAUCUCCAACCCCGGAGAGGCAUUUUAUGGUUGGCAAAAUGUCUUUGGUGUUGUUAAGCAAGAUAUGCUUUGUUGGGCAGAAAACCUUGGUCAGUGUUUUGAUAAUUCUUGCACUUGGGUCUGCAUUUUGUAGGCCUUGCAGUUUGUCCAUACAUACAGCUGAAGCUUUCUGGCACAUUUGCUUCACAUGAGCUUUGUCAGUCGUGGUCAAAGAUGAGAUUUUUUCUUGAAAUCCCGCAGAAAAAAUGCCUUGAGAAACACUAUCGAAGCCUUUUAUAAGGUCGUCUAAAUAUCCAGUCAACAAAUGAGCUGUUGGAUAUUGUGACCCCUCAAGUUCUAUCAAGAUUUCAACAAGUUUUGCAGCAUAAUUUUUUACAAAGUGACAUUGAGCUAAAAGUAUACAUACAUUCUUGCUUGGCAAAAAUGUCAAGUACUUAAUGCCACUGUUGUCCACUUUCAAGUCUUCCUGCUUGAAGAAGGAGAUAAUAUCCACCAAGUACUCUGACAAGUAGAACACAGACUUGAACCACGAAUUCCAGCGUGUACUAACUGGCAUCGGGAACAAUAUUGCUGGCUUGUCUGUGUUUUCAGCGUACUUAAGAUAGUGGUGUCUGCAUUUUCGUGUCUUAAGAAAAGCAGUCUUUACUUUUACAACACCAUCAUUGAGUUCAUGUAACUCACAAGACAUGACACUUCCUACAAGUACCAGCUUGUGUGCCCAGCACUGCACAUGUAAAACAUGUUCCCCAAAAAGGACCUGCAAAGAUGAUAAACACUUUGUCAUAUAACGAGCAGAAUCGGUUACAAGACCCUGGAUGUUGCAAAAUUGAAUAUCAUUUGUUGUAUGCAAGUAGUGUCAUCUGCUUUUUCUAAGAAGCUAACUGAAGCUACUUUCAAAACUGGGUCUUGCAAAUUAUAAAAAAUUUUUUUGAAAAACACUACAAAGAAGCAUCUUCCUUUGUUGUCAGUGGUUUCAUAAGACAGGAUGAAAACUUUUCUGUUUUGCACCAAGUCCUUGAGAGAAUUUUCUCGCUCUUGUGCUAGUUUUGGGAUGUACUUUUCUCUCAGAGUUCUUACACAAGGCAAGUCACCUGCGCCUUCAAUAAAUUCAUCCAUCCACGAUCUUAUGUUUGCAUCCUCCAGCUUUUCUAACGGGAUAUUCGCUUUCGCAAACGCUUCUGUUGUUUUCAGUGCCAAGUUUUCAACAGAAACUUUUCAUCGCUUAGCACUGUUCAAACUGGUGAACACUGACGUUUGAAUUUUAUUCCUACGGACGUAGUCGCCACUUUAUUUGCGGCCGUUUCAUGUUUAGACGUUUUAACGUGUUUAACAAUGCUGUCUCUCUUUUCAUAGGCCACCAGGCAGUUACAGUGCCGACACAUCAAAGUUUUUGCAUCGGUAGCAUACAGGCCAUCAUUUAUGAAUUCACCUGCCCGUAAAUAGGCAAUUACCGGUGGCUUCGGCAUUCUGAAGAAAAUAUACUUAUUUUCUUGGUCUAACAAAACUUAACCUUUGUCCGUGUUCAGACCGUUAACAAUAACAAAACGAAUAUAUUAUUGCGGCCAGUCGGUACACAGCCGAAGUACCAACCACGGCUAAUGAUAAAAAUGGCGCGGUUUAAUGCUAGGCCUACCGUAAAAUGUAUUAAAAAAAGUAAAUAAAUCGUGUAUGUCUCAACUUUAUUUAGGCAAAAUGAAAACAAAACAAUUUCACAUUUUUGAAACACUAACAUAGUGUUAUAAUAAUUUUACGUUCACCGAUUUUUCAUGUCUAUCAUUUAUUUUGGUUAUCCUGCAAAUUAUAUAUUUGAAGAUGGCGUAAAACGUGUGUAAAUAAACAUUUACUGUUGUCGUGAGAGUAAAUAUUGAAGGUUACGUGAUGUAUUUUUGUUUAUUUCUUUUGUGUUUUUGUGCGUAAGUAUAAAUAAUUUCAAUAAAUAUGGAAAAAUGAUAGGUGAAAUUAAAAAAUGCAUAAAUUCACGUUUUUUUGUUUCAAAACGUCCAAAUUCACGUUUUUUGUUUCAAAACAUCCUAAUUCGCUAUUUUCGUUUCAAAACGUCCAAAUUCGCGUUAUUUUUCGCGUUAUCGCGGCAGCGAUUUUUUCAGGUCUCUACUCAUAGGACAUUGGAACCUCUGAGAAACAACUGCAUGUCUAUUUAGGGCAUUGGACAUAAAAAAACUAUACAUUACAUGCACCCGGCAAUCGUAAAGUGUCAAUUAAAUGUAAACAAAAUUGACAACCAAGUUGAGUCAAAAUGUUUGCUGUCAGGUAUAAUAAGUACACCAUUCCUCUUAAUUAGUAAUAUUAUUAUAUAGAGCCCAUGAAAAAUGGUAAAUAAAACUGCCUGAUUUCGGUAAAUAAAUUAUAGGAUUUCGGUGCUAUAUUUCGGUAAAAAAAAAGUAUUUUUGUGGUAUAUUUCGGCAAAAAAAAUUUUUUUUUGUUAAAUGAGUGCAUUUUUUCUACUAAUUAUUUAAUUUCAUGAUACACACACAAAGCUGUACAUGAUACUUGAUACAGCAAUCACUAGAUUCCUGCGUAAGCCUUACAGAAGUGGAAAUGUUAUCUAGUAGAUUAUACACACAUUACUUAAAUAUUACAUCAUAAAUAGUGUCUAGAAUUUUACGGUCUGUGUUUAUGUAUUUAAACAUUUUGAGUAUUAAAUAGGCCUAUGCUAUGUUCCUGCACAAAACUUUAUAGAAUUAAUUUUUUUCCUGUCAGGAGAAUUGGCCACUUUGGCCAAAGAGUUUGGUAAACAUGUAAGAAAGGGUUCCCUAAAAAAAAUUAGUUAAUUACAUGAUUAUAGUACAUGUAAAAUUUCAGGCUCACAGGUUUUUUUUUUUAAUUUACUAUAAUUUUGUUUUAAUACACAUUUUCCGGCCUCUUUCCCAUCAAAUUGUGUUUAUUAGGACGUUAGAACUUUAACACAUUUCCUUGACUAACCUUUCAUGUAUUCAUUUAACCAUUCCCUCCCUCAUAGCUGGGUGAUCUAGCUUCUCUAGGGGAAUAUUUGCAGAAACAAAUGCAUGCACUGUAUAGCUUGCAAAAUUGACUAUAAUUUCCUUUGUUCAUUUAUGGAGAACAAUAUUAUCCUCGAGUGUCACUUGCCUUUUAACUCCACAACCUGAUGGUGAUGUUUGACUUUUUUUCUUCUCUAAAUGAGAUGCUCGCUGUUUGCAGUGUUUUUCACAAGUAUCUUUCCUUUUCCAAUCUACUACCGUAUUGCAAAAUUUACACAUCAUUAUCUGCUUUUCUUUAUUAAAAUAAUGAAUCCUUCAUGCUCGUAUUCUUUAGCUCGUUCAAACACUGAUACGACCUUAGGCAUUGUGAAGUAUCAAGUAAACUUCAAACAAAACAAACCGCAACUACCUAUUUUCGUUCACAUUUACCUAUUUACAUGGAACGUAGGAUCUUUUCAAACCUCAUUUGGUCAUUUCACAUGACCGACGUAUUGCGACGUUAAAAUCCCAUAACCUCUUUGUUAUUAUUUACAAACAAUACAACAACGGAACAGAGAUAAGUAUCUCUGCAACGGAAACGAAUAUGGCCAAACGGCUAACUUCAUCCACAUCCCGCUAGGAUCGCUGAUAAAUGGUUGCCGCUUUCAGGCCGAGUGUUUGGUAUUUAUUUUGCUUCAACUUAUCUAUGGCGCAUCUCAUAAUAAAGAUGGCUUACAAUGUUUUUGUUUACUAAACGAAUACGUUUUGCGGCAAAAGUAUUAUUGUGAAACUUAAUAUUUGUAUCGUGUUAAAAUUCUGACAUUUCGCGGAUAUUUCAUGAAAUAACAAGAAUAUCGCGAAUAGUAAUGAAUUUCGCGGCAUCGCCAGUUAUUUCGUAAAAACGAAAUGCUGUAAAAUCAAUAUAGGCGUUUGGAAACACAUUUGUAAGUGCUGUUCCAAAACCGUUAGUAAAAUUUCGCGAUUUCGUCAUUAACGAAAUUCGAGUACCUCUAUUAAUAUAUCAAGCCAAUAGAACAUUAAUUCGCAUAAGCUAUGCAACCUGCAUAGUUAUCACAUACAGCUGCAAAAGAACCAUUAGAAAGAGUAAUUAAUAUUUUGAAUAACCAUAGGAAAUAUUAACCUUACCUAGUCCGAGUCAAAUUCCGAGUCGAAGCUAUGUGCAGUAUCUGUUCCACUUGAAUUUUCAUCAGAUGAUGAUUGAAGGGUUACAAUAAUUUUGUUGAUUUCGAUGUCCAUGAUUCGAUCACUUCUGAAAUAUUCAGCUUCAAUACCUUUAACAUGUUCGGAGCACUUUUUCCACUGUUUGAGCAAACAAUUUCUCACAUAGUUUUCUUUUUUCGUCCAACGAGUUACUUAUUUCCUCGGAGACCUUCCUCUUGAUGUCCCCCCACACUAGCUCGAUCGGAUUUAGAUGCGAGUGGUAGGGGGCAAUCGAAUCACGUCAUGGCCAUAUUUGUUUAUGAUUUCGUCUACCUUGAAUAUUUUUGGGGAAGGAUGCUGUUUCACCAAACACAACAAAUCUGCUUUGUUCAUGUCAGGAGAAAAAUGGAUGCUAUUUUCCCUAAGCCAAUCUUGAAUGUCAUGUUUAAGAGUAGCUAAUGAAGGUUUUUUAUUAGUUUGAACAUUGUGGUAACUAGCAUUGUCUAAAACAAUGACACUGUGUGUUGGCAAAUUUGGUAGUAACUUUUGUUCUAGCCACAACAAAAAAUUUGCAUAGUUCAUAUCAUCAUGAUAGUCACAGGAUUUUUGUUUUGAUUUAAAAAUCAAUAACACUUUCUGGACAAAGUCUUGUUUGCCACCAGCAUGCACAAUUAUCAAUCGUUGCCCUUUACCGAUAGAUUCUGUGACCCCCAGUUCAGUGCUGGAUUGCCAGCAAGAACUUACACUGUGAGUAGCGUGUCGAUAUGUUUCAUCUAUAUAUAGUAUAUUCUGCCCUGCAUUUCAGUACGCAUGAAUGUCUUGUAAAUAUUUUACUCUCCAUGUGGUAAUUGAAAGUUUCUCUAUAAAACGUUUUCUUCUAGACUGACAUGUUUUCCAUCGAAAACCGAGACGUUUCAACAAUUUGCGCAAGUAUUCUUUGCUGCAGUUCACAAUACCGUCAUCUCGUAAGGACUUUGUCAAAUUAUUUAAUGUCGGCACUGUUUUUCUAACGGUAUAAAAUUCAUGAAUUUUCCUACGAAUCACACAUUCGGAAAAGUCAUCAACUUCAAUUCUUUUCUUUCGGUCUUUGUUCUUACCAGUGGGUGUGGAAGAUUAUAAACUACUUUUACUUUUAAUUUUACCUUCCGCAAUGAUACUUUCAAUGUUUGAUUGCGAAACACCUGUCGCAGCACUUGCCGAUUCUGUGACGUAAUUUAAUUUAUAUAAACGUUUAUGUUCUUUUAAAUGUGUUACAACAUUGUAAACAAUUUCCCUUGCUUGUCGACUUAAUGGUGUACCGGCUGAAAUGCGUGACUUAAUUCCUGAAGUUGAAGCCAUAACCCAAACCGUAUCGUGUAAACCGACCUGUGAAGCACUAUCUCGGGAGUGGCGUAUCCAGGAAGCACAACCGUCAACUGAUCCCCUCCACUCCACUCCACUAGACACUGGGGUCUGCGCAGGUCGAAAACAAGUUGCCGGAUUAUACUAUCUAUCUUGUUUUGGGAUAUGGCUGUUGACAAAUUGAAAAUGAACUAAUUAAGUUAGGUAUAGUGUUUUAUUCACAUUCCAAAACAUAAAUGUUCCCUCUCUAUUUAAUUAGUUAUUCAUAUUCUUCAGCAAAUUUCAGUUUUUAGUUAAAAUAUUUGUACAGUAUACAAAAAUCAAAAUAUAUUCAAGUAUGAUUGAAAAUUCAAAUAGCACGAGUAAAGGGAAAAUUUUUAAAAACUGUUUAUGAAAGUUAUAUUCGAACAAAUACUUCUGCAUAGUUUCACCAGUAGCAAUAGAUAUUUCAAUUGUCAUACAGACUAAUACAAAGUAUUGUUUGCUUGUUUUCAACUUGUCCAUAUAAAAUACAAAUUGCAGAAUUCUCUUUCUGUCUGGGCUUGAGCCAAUGUGUUGUUAACUGUGCAUGUGUUAAAAUACAGUAGUAUGUAUAAUUAUAUCACACUCAUUUGAACUGGGUAUUUACACAUUUUUAUAAUACAACAGUGAUUAACUUCAGUGUCUAUAGUUACACCAUGUGAUAUGCAACAACUUUAUGCAUUAUUGAUACAAUUCAAUAUUUGUUAAUUGCAGAUUUCAUCGAACACAAUAAAUUAUUCCUAUAGAUAUUUAAAAUUUUGUUUUUUUCCCCACAGCCUAAUUGUUUAUAUUUAUACUAAAACAAGAUACUUUUGUUUUGUAAGCAUUCCUCAUCUGUGAUUGAGAUUACCUAAUAGUAAACACUUGAUAAAGAGUAAGACAGGCUUACUACAGGGACUUGGCUGGUCAACAAGUCACUUAAAAUUCAAACUUAAGAUCUUUUAUAUAAGAAUCAGUGACAUUAAAGAAUUUCAAUUUCGACUUGACCCAUGACUGUUUUUAAAAGACUGCAAUUAAAAUGGUUGUGAUAGCCAAAAUGUCUUAAGAGUUAUAUUCUGGAGUGAGCCAAGUUACAUUUUUCUUGAGGAAAAUGUUUAUGAAUGCAUUUAGUUGUUGGCACUUUGCAAUCAGUACCUAUAUAUUUCAAAUGUGCAAUGCAUCACUGGGUAAAGUCCCUUGAGUGGAAAAUAUUAUUUACCUAAAUCUUGAAUACACAUACAAACAAGUUGAACUAAAUAAAAUCCGUUAAUGUAAAGAUUUUAGAUACAUUUGGUAGCAUCUACUUAAAAAAUUUGUUCUAUAUAUUUGUAAAACAUAAUAUUGUAUGUACAACAGUUCUCCAUUGUAAGUAUAUUGGUUUUUUUUUUUACAUGAAAAUCUACUUAUAAGCAGUCAUGAAAUUAAAAAUGGUUUUUGUUUCAUGGAAGAUUUUAUUUUUCAUAUUUAAUGAUUUCAAAGAAUAUAACAAAUAUUUACAGUUGCAUACUUCUCAAACACCAAAAAUUACUGGCAUUUUUUAAAGUACAUUAUUUUGUUGUAGACAUAAUCACUUUUUAAGUAUUUUAGGGAUCCAUUUAGUUUAUUGACAAGUCUGUACCAAUUGGUUUACUACUGUGUUUGAUUAAUGACAUAAAAUUGUAAGCAAAUUAAUUUAAUGUUUAACAUUAUUAAUUUGUAAUAGUAUUUCGUGUGUUAGCUAUAUUUAUAAAAGCUAAAUACAUAAGGAAAUGGAAAAUAUAAUUUUUUUCUUAAAGAUAUAUUUAUUGUUGAAUUUCAUCAGUAUUUGCUAUUUGGUCUAAACCAUAUGUACAUAUGUAUGUCUAAAUGUUUGCGUAUACUGUAAAUAAUUAUGUUAAUACAUGUUUAUUAUAUGUGAGAUAUGUAUGCUUGUGAAAAAUCAUGUAAGUAAAUACAUGGUUGUGAA